AGAAUGCUGCUGCUCAGCUGCUUUCUCCUCUCGGGCCUCUCCCUCUGCUCUGCAGACCCUUUUCUGCUGGAGGCCCAGAGGAUCAUGAGCACUGCUCCAGUCAUCGAUGGGCACAACGACUUACCCUGGCAGCUCUUCAACAGAUUCGACAACCAGCUCUCCUUGCCGGCGGCUAACCUGUCUCAGCUCCGAGGCACCCACACCAACCUCCCCAAGCUGAAGACAGGGCAUGUGGGGGCACAGUUCUGGGCAGCCUACGUGCCCUGCGAGACCCAGAACAAGGAUGCUGUGAAACGAACUCUGGAGCAGAUAGAUGUCAUCCACCGAAUGUGUCUUCAGUACCCGGAAGCCUUAACAUGUGUCACCAACAGUGCAGGGAUUGAGGAAGCCUUCCGCACAGGCCACGUGGCCAGCCUGAUUGGUGUGGAGGGCGGGCACUCCAUUGACAGCAGCCUGGGUGUCCUGCGCACCUUCUACCAGCUGGGGGUCCGCUACAUGACCCUCACACACAGCUGCAACACUCCCUGGGCUGACAACUGGCUGGUGGACACAACAGCUGAGGAGCCAGUGCACCACGGGCUGUCCAGCUUCGGGAAGCGCGUGGUCGUGGAGAUGAACCGCUUGGGCAUGAUGGCGGACCUGGCCCACGUCUCUGUGGAGACCAUGAACGACGCCCUGAACGUCUCCAGAGCACCAGUCAUCUUCAGCCACUCCUCGGCCUAUGCCAUCUGCCACCACCGACGCAACGUGCCAGACGACGUGCUCCUCCGGGUGAAAAAGACCCGUGGCCUCGUGAUGGUCAACUUCUACAAUGACUACGUGUCCUGCAGCUCUAAGGCCACCCUCAGCCAGGUCGCUGAUCACCUGGACUACAUCAAGCAAGUGGCUGGGGCUGAGGCGGUCGGACUUGGAGGAGAUUAUGAUGGUGUCAGCAGAGUCCCGGUUGGCUUGGAGGAUGUCUCCAAGUAUCCAGACUUGAUUGCAGAGCUGCUGCGGAGGAACUGGACGGAGAGUGAAGUGAGAGGCGCCCUGGCAGGCAACCUGCUGCGGGUUUUCCGGGAAGUGGAGCAGGUGCGGGACAGGAUGUCUUUGGAAGCUGUCUCCCCUGACGACGUGCCCAUUGCAUCUGAGGAGCUGCAGGGGUCAUGCCGAACUCACUAGGGGGACACUC